GAAAUCAUGCAUGUUGUGUUCGUGUUGACUAUACUCUGUUUUGGUCUUGCAAAUGGCCAAAUCUAUGAUGUGCUUAAAUUUGGUGCUAAGGGAGAUGGUACAACCGAUGAUUCAGAGGCUUUUGUAGAAGCAUGGAAAGCUAUGUGUAGUUGCGGUGGAGGGAACAAAACACUCCUUAUUCCUUCAAAUAAUAUUUUCUUACUACAACCUCUAGUGUUUCAAGGCCCUUGUAAAUCACCUUCUGUACAAGUUCAGUUUGAUGGAAAUAUCGUUGCCCCUAUCAACAAAGCAGCAUGGUCAGACUCGAAGGCCAAUGCAUGGGUUGCUUUUAGUGGCAUAAUUGGUUUAAGAGUCACUGGCUCAGGAACAAUCAAUGGACGUGGUUCUUCUUUUUGGAAGCCAAAGUUGUCUGCUACUCAACGGCCUACUCAAUUGCAUUUUCAAGGAUGCAAUAAUCUUCAGAUAACUGGAAUAACUUCAGUCAAUAGCCCAAAAAAUCAUAUUUCAAUCAGCAAUUGCAAAAAUGUUGUCAUAACGAAGAUAAAACUUGUUGCACCCGAUCUGAGUCCUAACACCGAUGGAGUUGAUAUCUCAGGUUCAAGUAAUGUCAACAUAUUCGACACUAUCAUUGGAACUGGAGAUGAUUGUGUAGCUAUAAACACUGGAAGCAUAAAUAUCUACAUCACAAGGAUGUUUUGUGGUCCUGGGCAUGGAAUAAGUGUGGGAAGUCUUGGAAGAAAUGGUGAAGAAUCUGAAGUUGAAAAUGUCUUAGUGACUGAUUGCACUUUCAAUAAGACGGAUAAUGGAGCAAGAAUUAAGACAUGGCCGAAUGGAAAAGGAUAUGCAAGAAAUAUAGCUUUUAAGAACAUCAAUCUCAUAGACACAAAAAAUCCGAUUAUAAUCAACCAAAAUUACAUAGAUAAGGGACGUAUUCUUGACGUUGAGAAAUCAGCUGUGGCAAUUAGCAACGUGACAUUCACAGAUAUUCAUGGAACGUCACAACUCGAUGAGAUUGUGAAGAUAGAUUGCAGCAAAGUCACAUAUUGCAAAAAUAUCAUUCUAGAUCAAAUCGAUAUUACAACGGUCAAUGGAAAGAAGCCCAUCGUUGAAUGCAAUAACGUAUAUGGAAAGUCGAGCAAUGGUAACGAGAUUGAUGGUUGUUUCAUGCAACAAUAAUCACUGUUGGUAUACUCAUGUGAUGGUAUAUUAACUUUCAUUAUUUAUAGAUUUAGUCUUCAUGAGAAAUAAUUUUAUACACAGUGGAUGUAAUAGUAUAUCAAUUAUUAUACAUGUAUG